CGUUGCCACCUUUGGUUCCACGUGUUCGCCCUGCUCAGCUCAAUUCGUGAAGAACUUGAAUGCAGCAGAUUUCUCGGAGAAGUACCCUGAAGCAGUAGAAGCCAUCGUGAAGCGUCACUACGUAGAUGACUACUACGACAGCGUGGAUACUAUCGAAGAAGCGAUCCAGCGAGCCAGCGAGGUGAGGUACAUCCAUUCGUGUGGAGGAUUUCGGAUCAGAAACUGGUGAUGAGUCGAGCGAAGGUAGCACCGUUGAAGCAGCUGUCGAUUCCGCGGCUAGAACUCCUGGCAGCGGUUCUUGCGGCAAGGCUGGCACGAACGAUCGAGGAGAAUCACAACUUCACGAUCAGUAAAGUGGUGUUCUGGAUUGACGCAGAAGUGGUGCUGUCCUGGAUUCGGUCGGAUCAGCGCCGCUACAAGCAAUUUGUUGGUUUUCGCAUUGGCGAAAUUCUUAGUUUGACUAAACUGACAGAUUGGCGAUGGGUUCCGACGAGAUUGAACGUGGCGGAUCUGGUAACCAAAUGGGGUAAAGGUCUGGAGAUACACCCCAACAGCCCGUGGGUACGUGGGCAACAAUUUUUGUACGACAGUGUAGAAAAGUGGCCGAAGAGAGAAUUACCUCCAGCUAACACUACGGAGGAACUUCGGGUUCACUUGAUGCUGCACGACGUGCAAGUUGCACAGGCUAUCGUGGACGCCAAUCGGUUUUCUAAGUGGACAGUGCUGGUGAGGACGAUGGCGUGCGUAAUCCGGUUCGUGUCGAACUGUAGACGAAAGAGCAAAAAACUGCCGAUUGAGACGCUAAAAGCAACGAGCAGACAGAGCAGAAUACUACAACUGACGCCAGCUACGUCAGUACGUGUGGCGCUACAGCAAAGUGAGUACGAGAAGGCGGAACUAUGGCUGAUGAAGAUGGCACAGGCGGAGUGUUUCAUCGAUGAGUUGAAGGUACUGGUCAGAAAUAAAGAUCGGCCGGUGAGCCAAUGGCUGGCGAUCGAGAAGUCCAGUGCACUCUACAAACUUACUCCGCUGAUUGACGAAAACGGGCUGAUUCGAAUGGAGGGGAAAGCAGAGAAAGCAGAGUUGCUGUCAUUCGAUCUACGUUUUCCAACGAUCCUGCCACAUCAGCAUAAAAUCACGCAGCUGAUUGUUCAGCAUUACCACGAGAAGAGCGGUCACGGAUAUCGACAGGCGGUGAAGAACGAGCUGAAGCAGCUGUUCUACAUUCCGCAGCUUGACGCAGUAGUCCGGAAGGUGUCGUCGUCUUGCGUAUGGUGUAAGGUCCAUCGAAGUCGGCCUCGAGUUCCACGAAUGGCUCCGCUACCAGUGCAGCGGUUAACACCGAAUCUUCGUCCCUUUAGUUACACAGGUGUGGAUUAUUUGGGCCCGUUUGCUGUUACUGUGGGACGCCGAACGGAGAAGAGAUGGGUCGCAUUGUUCACCUGCUUGGCAACCCGCGCGGUGCACCUGGAGGUGGCUCACGGACUGACUACGUAG